UACUAAGCUAGAGCAAUACCUGCUAAUUAUUCCAUCAUAUGGGAUCACACAUAUAUAAAAAAGCCCCAUUUAGCACCAAACACAACUCAAUUCAAUUUUGAGACAAAAGAAACCAUUCCAUCACACAACACAUGUCUCCACCACUCAACCUCCUCUUCCCCUGCCUCUGGAUCCUCUGCCUCUUCCUCUUCCAUCCCUCCGCCGCCAGAACGACUCCACCGCCGCUGCGGCAAGAUCACAUCCGGCAAUACCUCGAGCCUCACAACAGAGAAAGAUCCAAGCUGGGAAUCCCUCCGCUGAAAUGGAGCAAGAAGCUCGCCGACUUCGCUGCCUCCUGGGCGCACACGAGGCAGGGGGACUGCGAGCUCAUCCACUCCGGCACCAAUUACGGCGAGAACCUCUUCUGGGGGAGCGGCAAGCAGUGGAGCCACGGCGACGCGGUGGCGGCGUGGGCCGCCGAGAGAUGCUACUACGAUCACGCGGCGAACUCGUGUAGGAAGGGCCAGGAUUGCUUGCACUAUACCCAGAUGGUUUGGAGGCAGAGCUCGCGAGUUGGGUGUGCUAGAGUUGUCUGUAAGAGUGGGGACACGUUUGUGGGCUGUAACUAUGAUCCUCCUGGCAAUGUCGUUGGGGAGAAGCCCUUUUGAUCCAAUUUUGCUCGCAAUUCUGGCCGGUUGUGUUUUGUAUAUAUGAUAAUAUAUUAUAUGUGACAAU